AUGGAUAAGAAUGGAUCUCUCUAUGUCGGUGAUGACAGAAAAGCUAAAGUAACACGAUAUCGAAGAGGAGAGUUUGAAGGAACAGUGGUUGCAGGUGGCCAUGGGAAGGGAUAUCGUCUCAACCAACUCUCUGGCGUAGGAUACGUAUUCGUUGACCAAGAUCGUUCAGUGUACGUGUCUGAAUGGGGAAAUAAUCGUGUGACGAAAUGGAUGGUAGGUGCAGAACAAGGCAUUAUCGUAGCUGGUGGUCUUGGAGAAGGAAAUAGUCUUACGCAACUAUCAAUACCACGAGGAGUCGUGGUCGAUUCGUUAGGCACUGUCUAUGUAGCUGAUCAAGGGAAUAAUCGAAUCAUGCGUUGGAUGAAAGAUGCUAGAGAAGGAAGUGUUAUUGUUGGUGGAAAUGCUUUAGCGGGACAAUCGCAACAACUGGCAGUCCCAAUCGGUUUGGCGUUCGAUUUACAGGGCAAUCUCUAUGUCGCCGAUCAUAACAAUGCCCGAGUAGAAAAAUUCAAUAUUAACCAGUUCGGUGAGUUUUACAUCAAUGAGUCUCAACUUAAUUAG